UCGCCGGCGCCGGGCCCGGGAGCGAUGACAUCGACGGGGAAGGACGGCGGCGGGGCGCAGCACGCGCAGUAUGUGGGGCCCUACCGGCUGGAGAAGACGCUGGGCAAGGGGCAGACAGGCCUGGUGAAGCUGGGGAUCCACUGUGUCACGUGCCAGAAGGUGGCUAUUAAAAUCGUCAACAGAGAGAAGCUCAGCGAGUCUGUGCUGAUGAAGGUGGAGCGGGAGAUCGCCAUCCUGAAGCUCAUCGAACACCCCCACGUCCUAAAGCUACACGAUGUUUAUGAAAACAAAAAAUAUUUAUACCUGGUGCUAGAACACGUGUCUGGCGGGGAGCUCUUCGACUACCUUGUCAAGAAGGGGAGGCUGACCCCCAAAGAGGCCCGGAAGUUCUUCCGGCAGAUCAUCUCCGCGCUGGACUUCUGUCACAGCCACUCUAUAUGCCACAGGGAUCUGAAGCCGGAAAACCUCCUGCUGGACGAGAAGAACAACAUCCGGGUUGCUGACUUCGGGAUGGCGUCGCUGCAGGUUGGCGACAGUCUGCUGGAGACCAGCUGCGGAUCCCCCCACUACGCCUGCCCCGAGGUGAUCCGGGGGGAGAAGUACGACGGGCGCAAGGCGGACGUGUGGAGCUGCGGCGUCAUCCUCUUCGCCCUGCUGGUGGGGGCUCUGCCCUUCGACGACGACAACCUGCGGCAGCUGCUGGAGAAGGUGAAGCGCGGCGUGUUCCACAUGCCCCAUUUCAUCCCGCCCGACUGCCAGAGCCUGCUGCGCGGCAUGAUCGAGGUGGACGCCGCCCGGCGCCUCACGCUAGAGCACAUUCAGAAACACAUAUGGUAUAUAGGGGGCAAGAACGAGCCGGAGCCAGAGCAGCCCAUCCCCCGCAAGGUGCAGAUCCGCUCGCUGCCCAGCCUGGAGGACAUCGACCCCGACGUGCUAGACAGCAUGCACUCGCUGGGCUGCUUCCGGGACCGCAACAAGCUUCUGCAGGACCUGCUGUCCGAGGAGGAGAACCAGGAGAAGAUGAUUUAUUUCCUUCUCCUGGACCGGAAAGAAAGGUACCCGAGCCACGAGGACGAGGACCUGCCCCCCCGAAAUGAAAUAGACCCUCCCCGGAAGCGUGUGGACUCCCCGAUGCUGAACCGCCACGGCAAGCGGCGGCCUGAACGCAAGUCCAUGGAGGUGCUCAGCGUGACGGACGGCGGCUCCCCGGUGCCCGCGCGGAGGGCCAUCGAGAUGGCCCAGCAUGGCCAGAGUAAAGCAGUGUUCAGUAAAAGCCUGGAUAUCGCUGAAGCCCACCCCCAAUUCAGCAAAGAAGACAGGUCCAGGUCCAUCAGUGGCGCUUCCUCGGGCCUGUCCACCAGCCCGCUGAGCAGCCCCCGGGUGACCCCUCACCCCUCUCCAAGGGGUAGUCCCCUCCCCACCCCUAAGGGGACGCCCGUGCAUACGCCCAAGGAGAGCCCGGCCGGCACGCCGAACCCCACGCCCCCGUCCAGCCCCAGCGUCGGAGGGGUGCCCUGGAGGACGCGGCUCAACUCCAUCAAGAACAGCUUCCUGGGGUCGCCCCGCUUCCACCGCCGGAAACUGCAAGUUCCGACACCCGAGGAGAUGUCCAACCUGACCCCGGAGUCGUCUCCAGAGCUCGCCAAGAAGUCCUGGUUUGGGAACUUUAUCAACCUGGAGAAGGAGGAGCAGAUCUUUGUGGUCAUCAAGGACAAAGCCCUGAGCUCCAUCAAAGCAGACAUCGUUCACGCCUUCCUGUCGAUCCCCAGCCUCAGCCACAGCGUCAUCUCCCAGACGAGCUUCCGGGCGGAGUAUAAGGCGACCGGGGGCCCGGCCGUGUUCCAGAAGCCGGUCAAAUUCCAAGUGGACAUCACCUACACCGAGGGCGGGGCGGCGCACAAGGAGAACGGCAUCUACUCCGUCACGUUCACGCUCCUGUCAGGCCCCAGCCGCCGUUUCAAGAGGGUCGUGGAGACCAUUCAGACCCAGUUACUGAGCACACAUGACCAGCCCUCCGCCCAGCACUUGUCAGACACCACUAACUGUAUGGAAAUGAUGACGGGGAGGCUUUCCAAAUGUGACGAGAAGAACGGGCAGGCGGCCCCGGCCCCCAGCACGGCCGCCAAGCGGAGUGCCCACGGCCCCCUCGGUGACGCCGCGGCCGCCGGCCCGGGCCCUGGAGGGGACGCCGCGUGCCCGCCGGCCCCGGACCCGGCCCGGACGGCGCCGCCCGCCGCCCGCCGCGAGCAGCCUUAG